AUCGAUUUUGAGACAUGUGACAUGUAGUAUUUUCGUAUUUUUGUAUACACUUUCAUAUUAAUUCGAAAUUCCUGUUCUUUUUAAAAGAUUUCUCACCAGCUCUGGUAAAUGUCAACACAACACUGAGCUUAUACCAAGCGUUUUAUUUUCAAAGCCUUUAACAUUGAAUUCAGCUCGUGAAAUGCUAAUUUUGCUUUUUGCAACCCGCGGAACCAACUUUGAAGAUGACUACCACAAAAAGUAAAAUCCAUUGAUAUGUUAGCGAAAGUGAAUAAACAUAUUUGUCUUCGUAAAAUUUAUUUUAUAUUAUAAGUUAAAUUUUAUCACCAAAGCACACCCUAAUUGUACUGUAUAAAGUUGUUGAAUCAAAUUUCAAUCACUCUAGAAUAUUUAUCUUAGUAUUUAAACUAGAAAAGGUAUGAACAAAACAUUGACAAAUACUGUAAACUUGUCAUAGGUAGCUAUGUAGAAAUUGCUCUGGUUGAUAACAUUCUAAUGGUCCUUCUCUUAUUUCAGUUCAUGUGACAAAACAAGAUAUCCAUUGUGCCAUUAUUAAAUGCUGUGAAACAUAUUUUCAAUAACCCAAAACACAGUAUUUUUCAGCUGUCUGAAGCUGAUCUACAAAAACGAAAGUUCAAAGACCCAAAAAUGAAACUUAUGAACGGGAAGCAUAGAAACGGCCGUACAUAGAAUGCAUCUAUCGCUCAGACAUGCUCAGACAUGCUUUCAAUGAGAGUGACAGAUCUACAACUCACAUUUCUAUGUGAAUUUGGUUGCGUCGCCCAAAAACCGACAUACUUGCGCCUAGAUUACGCAUUUUAUUAAUUGAGCCUUUUCAGUCUUGUUUGUGUUUGUGCCCAUUGUUGUACUUUGUAUCAUAGCAUCAUAAAGUGGCUGCCAAUCCUGAUUACCAAGCAAUUGAUUUGCCAAGAGAUAGAGAUAAAGAAAAUAUAGGUUCUGUCCCAGGGGAAACGGAUACAUUGCUGCCAACCCAAGUAACUGAUAACAUGAGCUCGGAUGAAACGAGGAGCCAGCAGAUGGAGACAGAGUACUCACUGUAUACAGUCGCCUCAGCAGACAGUGAGAUUGAUUUAUAUGGAUCUGGUCUUCAUAUAAAUCAGAGCCCUAUGGUUGAGGACCCUCUGCCUGCUUUAGGCCAGAUGCAGGAUAGCAGAAUAGUCCAUGGUACCAGACUGGACUGUACCAUAUGUGUGCAGCACAGUGACGAAGCUGUGAAGUUCUGCCAGGACUGCAAGGCUACUUUCUGUGAGAACCAUGUUAGAGACCACUACCAGGCCCCGGGACUGAUGAAACACACAUUGGUGGAGGACACUGAAGGAAGGAAAACCGUUCCAAAUGUAGACUAUCACGUCCAUGAAACAUAUGUUGAAACAGAACAAACUGCGACUCAGGUCUGCUCAUGGAAAACAGCCUUCUUCAUCAGUCUUCUGGGGAUUCUCAUACUGGUACUUGCCCUGGUAGGACUUGUAUGUUAUACACGAUUGUGUGUCACUGUACACGGGUCUGAGGUGGGAUUUCAGCAACGGAUUGUUCUGCUGGGGAAGUCUGGAUCAGAGAAGAGAGCAUCAGGAAACACCAUCCUGGGAAGAGAGGCCUUUAGAGUGGAGGCUUCACCUUCGUAUGGGCCACAGUGUGAGGAACAAGAUGCUGUUGUGGGCCGAAAUAACAUAACUAUGAUUAACACCCCAGAUGUGUUGCCAUCUGAGGAAGUUGCAGGUAAAGUAGCUCAAUGCAUCAACAUCUCAACACCUCACGUGUUCCUGCUGGUGAUCAGGUUGUGCAACUGGGGCACAGAAGAGGAGAAGAAAACGGUCAAAUGGAUGAAUGAGAACUUUGAGGAGGAGGCCCUUAAAUACACCAUGGUGCUGUUCACUGGUGGAGACCAGCUAGAAGGGAAACCAGUGGAGGAGUAUCUAAAGGACAACAGUGAUUCCCUAAAGCUUCUCAGUAUGUGUGGUGGUAGACAUCACGUCUUCAUUAACAAAGGACAGAAUGACUUCACUCAGGUCACAGAGCUGCUGGAGAAGAUAGACGGAUUAUUGAAUGAGAAUAGGGGAUACUAUCAUGUGACAAACAUCUUGACCCGGAGGGCGGAGGAGAUCAGGAGGAGGGAGGAGGCUCUGAGAAAGAUACUGGAACAGGAGGUUAGAAAGAGGGAUGCAGCCAUAGCAACGAUAAGAGAGGAGGAGGAGAAAAAGAGGGAUGCAGCCAUAGCAACGAUAAGAGAGGAGGAGGAGAAAAGGAGGGAGACUGAAGAGAGAAAAGUCUGUGAGGGGGAAGAUGAAGGCAGGAAGGUCAUUGAUAAUCUGGCAUUGAAAGUCUCAGGCUCAAAAAUGUAUGUAGGAGUAACAGUGAUCACAAUGAUCAUACUGAUUGUCCUUUAAUGAUCCUAAACUGAAUAUUAGGGAGUCUCUUCAAUCAUCAUCUGAACAUUAGGGAGUCUCUUCAUUCAUCAUCUGAACAUUAGGGAGUCUCUUCAAUCAUCAUCUGAACAUUAGAGAGUCUCUUCAAUCAUCAUCUGAACAUUAGAGAGUCUCUUCAUUCAUCAUCUGAACAUUAGAGAGUCUCUUCAAUCAUCAUCUGAACAUUAGAGAGUCUCUUCAAUCAUCAUCUGAACAUUAGGGAGUCUCUUCAAUCAUCAUCUGAACAUUAGAGAGUCUCUUCAAUCAUCAUCUAAACAUUAGGGAGUCUCUUCAUUCAUCAUCUGAACAUUAGAGAGUCUCUUCAAUCAUCAUCUGAACAUUAGGGAGUCUCUUCAAUCAUCAUCUGAACAUUAGAGAGUCUCUUCAAUCAUCAUCUAAACAUUAGGGAGUCUUCAUUCAUCAUCUAAACAUUAGGGAGUCUCUUCAAUCAUCAUCUGAACAUUAGAGAGUCUCUUCAAUCAUCAUCUGAACAUUAGAGAGUCUCUUCAUUCAUCAUCUGAACAUUAGAGAGUCUCUUCAAUCAUCAUCUAAACAUUAGGGAGUCUCUUCAAUCAUCAUCUAAACAUUCGGGAGUCUUCAUUCAUCAUCUAAACAUUAGGGAGUCUCUUCAAUCAUCAUCUGAACAUUAGGGAGUCUUCAUUCAUCAUCUAAACAUUAGGGAGUCUCUUCAAUCAUCAUCUAAACAUUAGGGAGUCUUCAUUCAUCAUCUAAACAUUAGGGAGUCUCUUCAAUCAUCAUCUGAACAUUAGGGAGUCUUCAUUCAUCAUCUAAACAUUAGGGAGUCUCUUCAAUCAUCAUCUAAACAUUAGGGAGUCUUCAUUCAUCAUCUGAACAUUAGAGAGUCUCUUCAAUCAUCAUCUGAACAUUAGAGAGUCUCUUCAUUCAUCAUCUGAACAUUAGGGAGUCUCUUCAUUCAUCAUCUGAACAUUAGAGAGUCUCUUCAUUCAGCAUCUGAACAUUAGAGAGUCUCUUCAAUCAUCAUCUGAACAUUAGGGAGUCUCUUCAAUCAUCAUCUGAACAUUAGGAGGUCUCUUCAAUCAUCAUCUAAACAUUAGGAGGUCUCUUCAAUCAUCAUCUAAACAUUAGGGAGUCUUCAUUCAUCAUCUAAACAUUAGGGAGUCUUCAUUCAUCAUCUAAACAUUAGGGAGUCUCUUCAAUCAUCAUCUGAACAUUAGGAGGUCUCUUCAAUCAUCAUCUAAACAUUAGGGAGUCUUCAUUCAUCAUCUAAACAUUAGGGAGUCUUCAUUCAUCAUCUAAACAUUAGGGAGUCUCUUCAAUCAUCAUCUGAACAUUAGGGAGUCUCUUCAAUCAUCAUCUGAACAUUAGGGAGUCUAUUCAUUCAUCAUCUGAACAUUAGGGAGUCUCUUCAAUCAUCAUCUAAACAUUAGGGAGUCUUCAUUCAUCAUCUAAACAUUAGGGAGUCUCUUCAAUCAUCAUCUGAACAUUAGGGAGUCUUCAUUCAUCAUCUAAACAUUAGGGAGUCUCUUCAAUCAUCAUCUAAACAUUAGGGAGUCUUCAUUCAUCAUCUGAACAUUAGAGAGUCUCUUCAAUCAUCAUCUGAACAUUAGAGAGUCUCUUCAUUCAUCAUCUGAACAUUAGGGAGUCUCUUCAUUCAUCAUCUGAACAUUAGAGAGUCUCUUCAUUCAGCAUCUGAACAUUAGAGAGUCUCUUCAAUCAUCAUCUGAACAUUAGGGAGUCUCUUCAAUCAUCAUCUGAACAUUAGGAGGUCUCUUCAAUCAUCAUCUAAACAUUAGGGAGUCUUCAUUCAUCAUCUAAACAUUAGGGAGUCUUCAUUCAUCAUCUAAACAUUAGGGAGUCUUCAUUCAUCAUCUAAACAUUAGGGAGUCUCUUCAAUCAUCAUCUGAACAUUAGGGAGUCUCUUCAAUCAUCAUCUGAACAUUAGGGAGUCUAUUCAUUCAUCAUCUGAACAUUAGGGAGUCUCUUCAAUCAUCAUCUAAACAUUAGAGAGUCUUCAUUCAUCAUCUAAACAUUAGGGAGUCUCUUCAUUCAUCAUCUGAACAUUAGGGAGUCUCUUCAUUCAUCAUCUGAACAUUAGGGAGUCUCUUCAAUCAUCAUCUCUUAUUGUAAAGCAGGGUGACCUCUGAAAACAAAACAAGUUUGCAGAUGAAAAUGAUAAAUAAGUUAAUUUAUUAAUUGUUGAUCAAUACUUUCAUUGAUUAAUUGUUAGAAGUGGUUUUAUAUAUUCUUUAUGAACAUAUCUCCCAUUAUAACCUGGUGUUUAGAGAAAUAUAAGAUCCCUGCACUUUCUGCAAUGGGUGAACAAAUAAUGCAGUGUCAUGUGUUAUGCAAUAUAAAUGUCAAAACGGUCCAGGAAUACAGUUGAAUCAUCAUACAGCUGUGUUGGGUUUGUUUGUUGCAGUAUUUUCAAAGUUAUAUUAACUUGGCCUGGUAAUUCACUAUACUGUAGCUGUGUCUCAUGAAGUGCUGGACCCAGUUUAAAUGUCCUUUAUAUAACCAAUGUCAGAACAUCAAUGUAAAAUAUCAAUUAUGCAUUUUGUACCACGUCAGGGAAGAGCAGUUGGCUAAACUACUACCGGGAACUGCUCAGUGCCAGAGGCCAGCUAGUUACUGGGUCGUUUCACAAUAAGAGUGCCUUUUGCGUCCCUUUGAUAUCUUGUUAGAGGUUCACCUAGUGGUCAUGAUGGGGGCUGUACUAAAUGUUUGAUGUAUUAUAAUAAUUGAUUAUGCUGAUGUUGUAUUAAUAGAAGUGGAGGGGUUAUAAGACCCCGCCCUCCUUACAUUUAUAGGGUCCUAGACUACAGAUUCACAAUAUAUAUUCAUUACAGAGGUUUAAUGUUGUUCCACAGUUGUUUUCUAGUCUCUCUGCCUCUUAUAAAGAAACUGUCUGAGAAAUGUGUGACUGUGAAGACAGAACUCUGCAGUAAGCGAUAAGAGACUAGUCAGACAUUCCACUAUAAAUCAACUUGUACAUUUACUGCUGAGCCUUUAGAUAACACUAAAAGUAUUGUUUAAGUAGCUGUGUAGGCAUGGUUUUGGUCUCAUGAGUAGAAGGUAAUGGCGUAGGCAGUUGCAUCACAGGGGGUUGACUACAAGCACUAAAAGUAACUUGGGACAUUUUCUAUUUUGCAGAACUUACUCGGAAACAUGCGUGCUAUGUUCCUGUUGUCAACUUCUGUCUGCAAUUGCAUUAAUAAAUGAAUGAAUGAUUUAAUUAAA